AUGUAUUUCUUUUGGCGUGUUGGUCGGAUCUUUUCCGUGUGCCCGAAGCUUUCUAAAAUUUCGGGUGAAAGAUGGGUGGGAGACACGAGACCUCAAGUCUGUGAGUUGGGUGCGGAUCGGGUCUCGGCGUGUCGCUUUUCCCACACGUUAUUUCCUCUUUCCGAGCCUUCUGCUUCUGAUUCCCGCAGUUAUAUGCGAAAAAAAGAAACCCAGAUAUUUUUCGAUAUUUUCUUGAGAUUCUAUGCUUUCACGGCGAGAGACGAAAGUCCGGCGGGAAAUGAGAGAGGUGUUGACAGGGCUGGCGACGGAAAAGAAAGUAGGGGUGAAGGAAACGAUAUAGAUUAA